GUGGUGGUGUUCAUGAAGGGCAGCCCGGCGCAGCCCCUCUGCGGCUUCAGCAACGCCGUCGUGCAGAUCCUGCGCCUGCACGGCGUGGAGGACUACCGCGCGCACGACGUCCUGCAGGACCCCGACCUCCGCCAAGGAAUAAAAAACUACUCUAACUGGCCUACCAUCCCACAAGUAUACCUCAAUGGCGAAUUUGUUGGUGGCUGUGAUAUACUGCUCCAGAUGCAUCAGAAUGGAGAUCUCGUAGAAGAGCUGAAGAAGCUAGGAAUCCGUUCAGCACUUCUGGAUGCAAAAAAAGACCAAGACAAAAAGUAAAACGAGCAAAAAAAGAUGCUGUGACAGGAAUAAAGCAAAUCUUCGAUAAGAACUUGUUACCAGUAAAGCCUUAUGUACUUUAGCUCAAAGGCGGCAUCUUUUUGAACUGACACUAAGAUUUAUCUGCGAAUGUCUGUUAGCUUAUGGUAAAUGUAGUGAUCUUGGUAUUUUGAUUUAUGAAUAUUGUGAAAAUCUGAGUGUAACCACUGCACUGUAAAGCAUACAUUUGUGGAAAUUGUGUUUAAAAAAAAAACAUUCACUUCUAAAAGCAUUCACUUCUUCAUUGAGGCAGGAGUAAACCAAAAGAACUCGUAAUAUUUUUAUGGAUUUUGAGUGUGUGUUUCUCUGUUCUUUGUUACACAAACUUAUGCAAACGGUGUUUGCAUUCCCUUGCUCCUCUUGAAAAAGUGUUAAGUAAUAGUGUGUCAGUUUUACUGUGUAACUCCUCGUGAUAAGACUUCCUGAGAGCUUGUAAAACUUCUGUAAUCAUAUAUGAUAUAGGAGAAAAAUAGUCUUAAAACAAUAUAGAAGAAAAAAGAUUAUAUGAGAGUGCAUGAAAUAUACUUUUAUUCCAAAGGGUAAAAAUAAACAGACUUGUACAAAUACA